GCAGGCAGGCGUGUAGUGUCACUGUCGGAAAGCAGCAUAGUAAAAAACAGGACUACAGUUCGUUAACAGCUGACCCAAAUCCGGGAAAAGCAGGCGCAACUACGUCGGCGCACGCUGCGCGGUACAACCUCCCUGAACGGCGAGAUGGUUGUCCGGCAUGGGCUGUAGACUCCUGCGGCAGGACUGAAGAGGAUGGGCCCAGUGUCCCGGUGCCUGUGGAGAUGUCUCUGGGUCGGCUCCUGCGGCGUGCCUCGUCCAAGGCGUCCGACCUCCUGACCUUUAACCCCGGGGCGGGUGGCUCACUGGUACGCUCGGGCCUGGACGGCGAGAUCAUCUUCUCCAAAAACAAUGUCUGCGUGCACCCUGCGGAACCCCUGCCCGGCUUGGCCGAGCACCACCCAGGCUACCUGUGUGUGCACGUUGAGAAGGACGAGAGCCUGGGGACCACUCUGAUCCUGACCUGGGUGCCCAACUCCCGCAUCCAGAGGCAGGACGAGGAGGCACUGCGAUACAUCACUCCGGAGAGCUCCCCCGUACGAAGGAACACCCGCCGCAGAGGCCGAAGACCGCACUCCCGCCCCCCGGCGGCCCAGGAAGAAGAUGAGGACGAGGAGAGGAACAUCACCAGUAGCGCCUCGGCGGAGAGCCAGUCCAGCCUGGCGGCGGAGGCUGCAGCGGACCCCUCCUCACACCAGCAACCGCUUCCCUCAGCCGGGGAGGAGGGCGACGAGGGAUCCUGCGAGCUGUCGGACGAAGUGAGCCGCGACAGCACCAUGGGCUCGGACUCGGACACCUUCUCCUCCCCUUUCUGCUUGUCCCCCGUCAGUGAGGCCCUCUGCGAAAGCAGCGGAUCCGUCUUCCUGGACAACGAAAGCAGGGAGUUGUGCGAGGAGUCCAUGAACCACUCGGUGAGCUCCGCCUCGAGCCUGGACAGCCACGCUCCCUCCGAGAUCGGCGGCCAGGCGCAGGGCAUGCGGUGGGAGGAACAGCAGAAGGUUCUGGCCCUGGAGCAGUUGUGCGGCGUCUUCAGGGUUGACCUGGGUCACAUGAGGUCACUGAGACUCUUCUUCAGUGACGAGGCGUGUACUAGCGGCCAGCUGGUGAUAGCCAGCAGAGAGAGCCAGUAUAAGAUCCUCCAUUUCCACCACGCCGGCCUGGACAAGCUGGCCGAGGUCUUCCAGCAGUGGAAGUGCUGCAGAGAAACUCAGCUCAAAGACCAGGUGUCAGAUGAGAAGUCCUGCAUGCAGUUCUCCAUCCAGAGGCCCACCCUGCCUUCAGCCGAGGCCCACCCGGAGGAGAGGCUUUAUCGCCGGCUCGAUGUCACCACCUGGCUCCGUCACCUCAACCACAGUGGACAGGUGGAGGAGGAGUACAAGCUGCGCAAGGCCAUCUUUUUUGGUGGUAUCGACCCCUCCAUCCGUGGCGAGGUUUGGCCCUUCCUGCUGCACUACUACAGCUACGACUCAACCUCCCAAGAGAGGGAGGCCUGGAGACUGCAGAAGCGAUCACACUAUCAUGACAUCCAGCAGAGGAGAUUGUCCAUGAGCCCAGAGGAGCACAGCGAGUUCUGGAGGAAGGUCCAGUUCACGGUGGACAAAGAUGUGGUGAGAACGGAUCGCAGCAACAACUUCUUCAGAGGAGAGAACAACCCCAAUGUGGAGAUCAUGAGGCGAAUUCUGCUCAACUAUGCAGUGUUUAAUCCCGACAUGGGCUACUGCCAAGGUAUGUCUGACCUGGUGGCCCCUCUGCUCACCGAGAUCCAGGAUGAAAGCGACACCUUCUGGUGCUUCGUCGGCCUCAUGGAGAACACCAUCUUCAUCAGCUCCCCGCGUGAUGAAGACAUGGAGAGGCAGCUGAUGUAUCUGCGGGAGCUGCUGCGUCUCAUGUUGCCCCGCUUCCACCAGCACCUGACCAGGCUCGGGGAGGAUGGCCUCCAGCUGCUCUUCUGCCAUCGCUGGAUCCUGCUCUGCUUUAAACGAGAGUUCCCUGAUACGGAGGCACUGCGCAUGUGGGAGGCCUGCUGGGCACACUACCAGACGGACUACUUCCACCUAUUCCUGUGUGUUGCCAUCAUUGUUCUCUAUGGGGAGGACGUGACGGAACAACUGCUCGCUACCGACCAAAUGUUGCUCCACUUCAGCAACCUCUCCAUGCACAUGAAUGGAGAACUGGUGCUACGCAAGGCCCGCAGUCUUCUCUACCAGUUCCGCCUCCUACCCAGGAUCCCAUGCAGCCUACACGACCUUUGUAAACUGUGUGGCCCGGGGAUGUGGGACAGCCGCUACAUCCCCACUGUGGAGUGUUCAGGUGAACACUCGGACUCACAGAGUUGCCCCUAUGGAGGCACCUCCGUCCCCCAGGCCUCCUCGCCCUCGCCGUCAUCCACACCCACGCCCUCACCUAACCCUACCCCUACACCUCCACCGGAGGGCAAGAGAGGCUCCAAAACACGGGACAUUUUCACCUUCCGGAAACAGUCUUGAGGUCGAGGUUACGGGGGAGCUUUUUGCUCGUAUCGAUCUGUGUUAGCACAGCAGAUGUUUGGAUUCAUCUGAACUCCUUGCUGCCCUGUGACCUCUCUCUACACACUGUCCAUGCUUUUAAUUUCACCAUCGAAUGUGUAUUUUUGACACUGGACUCUUUCAUGUGGUGCAAUGUGGAACACUGCCUUAUCAGAUUGUUGUUUUCAGCAUUCGGUAUGACAUGAAUCGGCAAUGGGGGCAGUUUGCUGUCGGACAGACCACAAGUCAAGAAGCUGCUUUCCUCUCGAUGCAGAACGGACAAUCACCAGCCACUAUGUUGGUCUGGAGCUUCUUCAGGUUCUAGUCUGUUUUUCCUCUGGGUUUCUGGGCAGGGGUCAUAUCAGAGUCUGAAGCAACUGGGCUGCAUUCUUGCAGAGUCUGACCUUGGGUCAAAUGAAACUGCGGACUCAUUCACAGAACUUGAACUUGAACUUUUGUUCUUGUGUUCUCACAAAGGGACAUUUGUGUUAAUAUCCAAUAAUAUGUGCACAUCUGAAGCCUGAGCAGGACAUUUUAAAACACAGAAUCCUCGAUGUUAACAAAAAAGGGAAAGUCUACAAAUGAAUUACAAUGAAAUACUGUCCCUUUUACAUUUCGUUCAACUUAAUUUCUUCAGCGACUGAAUGUUUGAUUUUAUCCGCAGUUACAAAUAUUUAGCAAUAUUAUAUCCUUGCAUGUGCAAUUCUUUACGUAUAGAGGGCACGAUAUAUUUGUAGCUGGAAAACAGUCCAAACUAAAAGUAAGAAUGUGUUUACAUUACAGACACUCACGUGAUAGGGCUUCUCAUAUUUCCUCAUCGGAUGGCGGUAAGGAGCAUUCUUAUAAUUACUCAAAAAAAUGGUGUUUCCUGACAAGCAAGAGGAAGACAAAAGUGUGUUUCCUUAUGAUUCAGAUUCUGAGUCAGACUUAGGCAUUCGCAUCACCCGUUGAGCAAUAGGAGUUUUGCCAUUUUGCCCAUUAUCAUGAAACAUAAAAUGAAUCUACUAUCUGAUGCAUGGGAUGGAUAUGACAGCAUUGUCACCAAAGAGAGCAUGGAUUGUGGUGUUAUCCUGACAGAAAAAAAAUAUGACUUUCUGUUCUACUUGAAAUUUCCUCUUCUGUGUCAAACCAUGUUUAGAUGGAGUUUUGAAGCACAGUUUUGCUGUUGUUGUUUUUUUUUUCUUUCUAAUUGCAUUCUUUCCACUUUCACCUUAAAAUGAAUGAAUCAGAUGAAGCUAAGAAUCAGUCCACAUGAAUGUAUCUGUCUUCUGCUUCUUCUCACUCGACGGCGGUAUAAAACACCGUGGUAAACCAGUGGGUGUAUGCGUGUAAACUUUAGUAACCUCUAAAUACGUAGUAAGCCAUACAAGGUCACUUGAGCAUUGACUUUAAUUAAAGCAGUCAUCCUGAAAGAGAACCUGGGAGAGAGGGAGGAAAGACAAGCUGGUCGUUAAUGUGUCUGAGCUCAAGUCAGUAGUUAAGGUGGUCUCCACCUGAAACCUUUCCCCUCUGAGAGCUUUUGAGUGACACACUUGGGGAUGGAAACCGCUUUAAAUUCCUGCUAAAAUGUUACAUUAAUACCUUCAAUCAGCCUCGCCCAACCCCCCUGUCACUUGCUCUCUAGCUCUUCCUCUUUGUUUCUCUUGUGGUUUCCCGCACUCUCACUCAGUGAACAGUCUUUGCAAAAGACAUUCAAUAACUGCUCUUCCUUAUUUCUUAUCAUGUGCAGCUGGAAAUGACAUUUAUUGAAGGCAGGGUGACUGCGUUGACAUGAGUUACAUCAGAAAUGGUUAAAAUGUGUGCGUGUGUGCGCGUGUGUGUUUGUCUUUAUGUAGUUGUGUGGACUAGUGCUUAACAGCACAGUUGCGAGGACAUUUUAGCUGUUCUUCAUAACAUUUUUAGGAUUAAAGCUUUUAGGGUUACCUAAUUAGGGUGUUAUAUCUCACAACUAUCUAAAGACCAAUAUCUGUGUUUGUGUGUGCAUGUACUUGUCUUUAUGUAGUUGUGUUGGCACAACACUAAUAUUGUGAGGACAUUUUAGCUGGUCCUCAUAAUGUUUUUAGGGUUAAAAUUUGUCUUUGGGGCUAAUGGGUCAUAAUGGUCCUUACAACUAUAGAAAGACUAAUGUUUGUUAGUGUGUGUGUGUGGACUUGUGCAGCUGUCUUUGUGAGAACUAGGUUGAGUUUUAAGACCACUGACACUUUCCCAUAAGGGGCUUUUUGAGAUUUUGGGUAAGAACGAGGGGUGAAUGCAUUAUGUCCUCACAAAGACAGGUACACAAAGGUGUGUGUAUGGGACUGAUCUCAUGAAUUUAAAAUUAUUAACAUUGAAAUCACAUUGUUUACACAGACACUGCAAGUCACUAGCUUGACUAUUCUCAUUUAAAGGGGUUGUUGUGAAUUAUGGCCACGAAUGUACAAUGUUGCUGUUAAGGUCUACAAUACGUUGAUGUAUUAUUGCACACAUCACAGAAAAAAGAGCUCAUUCUUACAAUUGGUAUCAAUAAAAAGAACAACAGUCAUAUAAUUCAGUCAUAAUUUAAUGAAACAGCUCGAGAAGAUGUUUUGCUGGGACCAUAUACCAAGUGUGCGGAUAAGAAAUGUAAUUUCAUUAAGAAAACACAAAUGUUCACAAUACCAUCACCAGCAUCAUCUUUACUCACUGCUCAGUUUUUAGCAGUUUCUGUGCUUUAUUAAAUAAAUACAGAUAUCUGGAAGUUAUGUGAAGUUAUGUAUAAAUAAAUAUACCGGUCAUGGAGA